UACGAUUUACGUUUUGAAUGUAUUUAGUAUUUUUAGAAUAGCUUUUAGUUAUUUUUGGGCAUCCUCUUGUAAUUAUACGGACCGCUGCAGCAUGGGAGGAACGUAACGUUCAACUGUCGAACUGAAUGUCUGCCCCAGUAGUGCUGUAGUACAGUGUCAGUAGUAUACUGUAUAGGAGUCAGGACUCUGUACUGCACGUAAAAAUGUUUGUUCUUACCGACAUGACAGACGUGGUCAAAGUGCCUCCGUGGAUGUUCAAUCUGAAACUAAAUGAAGCAGUUGAACAAGAGUUAAACAAAAAAUUUGCUAACAAGGUCGUACAUAAGCUGGGUCUGUGUAUAGCUUUGUAUGACAUAUCCAAGCUUGAGGACUCGCAUGUUUUUCCAGGUGAUGGAUCAUCUCACACAAAAGUUCAUUUCAGGUGCGUGGUAUUCCGGCCAUUUAUGGAUGAGGUGGUAGUCGGUAAAAUUCGCAGCUCGAGUAAAGAAGGUGUUUAUGUAUCCUUGGGAUUCUUUGACGAUAUUUUAAUACCGUCUGAUUCACUUCAACACCCGUCGAGAUUUGAUGUGACGCAGCAGCAGCGAGGCCCAGCCGCGCCCAUCCAUCUGGCUGCUGCUGAUGAUGAACAUGUUAAUUGUGGCCGACGAUUACGUCACGCUGAUUCAUCAGUUGGCAGUAAUUUCUCACUGCGCGGCGGUGCAGCUCUAUGCUAA